UGCAUGGCUGGAUGGAGGCCCUCUCCGAGAAGAUGCUCCAGUCAUUCGACCUCAACUUCAAUGCAGUGUCGUCGCCGCCGCCGUCGAUACUUCCCAAUUCCAUGUUCGCGUGCGGCGCGCUCAAGGACCUCUUCCUCACCUGCUGCGUCCUACCGGCGGCGUCCUUCACAAAACUCUGCCUCAUCUGCUCCAGCUUCGCAAAGGGCAGCGACGUGGAGGCGAUGAUCGCGAUGCCCCAGAAGCUGGAGGAACUAACGAUGAGAGUCAUCGAAGUAGCUGAAGCCUGGGGCACGCAUGGAGUCUUCUCCGCGGCAUGCAUGGAGUCUUCCGUGGAGAAUCUCCUCUACAACUAUUACAGCUUGCAGAUCCCAUUACCAAAAGAAAUCCCCGCUUCCUACGAAGAUUUGAGGAGAUUAAUACUUCGAAUGGAUUAUAACAAGGCUCCAGACAUUUCAACUACUAUUUACUUCCUGAGGAGCGCUCGGAAACUGACUCAGUUGGUGGUUCAGUUCCUUACCAGCAUCUGA